GAUUAGAUCUAGAAUCCUGCAAAACAAAAGAUAUUAUAACCGUUUGUAAUAGAUGUAUAAAAUAUAUGCCUAGGUUUAUGUGUUGAUGAGUUGGUUUUUUUAAGAAUAAGUUUGUUUUCAUAUUGGGUAAUUUGCCCCUGAACAAAAAUCUAGACUUAGAUACAUUUGAAAUUCUUUUAAAAAAAUAAAAAUACAACGUUCCCACAAGUCCUCCCACCCAUCCAUCCAUCGUCCAAAAUGGCUGCCUGCAGCCUUUUCGAGGAAGAUGAAGUAUACGUUGAAAAACCUGGAAAAGGAAUAAGUUUCGGCCUAGUUUUAGAAAACUCAGAGUUCCUAAGCAGCAGUGAAGAAGAUGAAGCUGAUAAAGUUGAUGACCGGCUUCAAAAAGGAACAGUUAGGGUUGCCUGGCAUCCAACAGGCAAAGAAACAGUCGUUGCUGAAGACAAGGUUCAUCUUGUUGACCGUGCUCUCAUGCCAGGUGAUGUUGUAAAAUGUCUUGUACCUGGGCAGGAUACUCAGUGUGGCUUUGUUAUGAAUAUGGAUGUUCGAUGCCACCUGCAUGUCCUGCGUACCAACAAGUAUAUCUACAAUAUAGAUUCCAAAGAUAUGCACCCACUACAGAGAUUUGAAAGUGGGCAAGAAGUACUUUUGGAUUCUUGGUUAGGUCGAAUUGAGGGGGCCAAUUAUGAACUUGUUGUUGUCUUUCCUGAUGGAGCUAGGUGCCAAUUGGACGAAGAAGACCUUUAUAAUUUUGAAGACAUAACAGAAAAAAAAUCAAGGCAUGGAGAGUUUAGUCUCUGCCUUCACUACCCUGGGCAAGAACUGAAAGGUUCCAUGGAUAGUUUUGGAGAAGCAAAAUGGCUUCAUUCUACACCCCGGUAUUGUAGCAAAGUGGCAAACAAAAAAGGCAAAGUCUCUAUGGUUUAUGUAACUGUUGAAAAGAUUGUGACCAAAAGUGUUGAAGUUCACUGGGUUUUUCGUGGCUAUGAGAAAGUGGACAAUCCAAAAGAAUCUGUCAAUCCACCUCCCAGAAUGAUAGAAAAUGAAAACAUUGAUAGGCUGCAAGUACUUGACUGGUUUAAUCACUGUAGUAUACAGAUUGGUGAUAGGAUGUUGUACAGAAUAAAAAACGAUGACUUAGUGUCAGAUGUUUUGCCUGGAAAAGCUUUUGAUCCAACAACAGCAUUAAACAAAGAAGCACCUAUUACUAUCACAAAUGAUUCUGUCCAUAAAAAUAAUGAAGAUUCUGUAGGAACUAGUAAUACUGUUGAUAGCUCAGAAAAGGAAGCAGAGGAUGCUGAAGAUGCAGACUUUGAAGAUAUUGAAGAUGAUUCUGAUGGUGAUGACAAGCAAGGUGCAUUGGGUGGUAGGAGCACUGUUGGAAGGAGGAAAAAAACACGUGGCCAUAAGGGAACUUUGCGACACAAGCCUGGGAAGCCUAUCCAAAGCCACAAGAAUACAAGAGGAAAACGUGGCCAGAAGGAACGACACAUAAAGCCUGACGAAGUGGUAGAGGUAGAAAUUGAAUUCACAACAUCGUGGGCUACUGUCAUGUGGCAGGAUGGAUCUGUGGAGAAAGAUGUACCAUCAGUCAAUUUAUUUCCUGUUCAUCAUUUGGAUGAAUUGGAGUUUUUUCCAGGGGACUUCAUUUUACCAAACAUAGAUCUUUCAGCACCUGUUGAUUAUGGUGUAGUAGUCAAAGCAGACCAUCGGGAAAGAACUUGUUGGGUUCACUGGUUUAAAGCUUAUGAUGUGGGAAAGGCAAAUGAACCCACACUAGUUGAAAGUAAUGUAGAAAUGAGUGUAUAUGACAUCAAAGACCAUCCAGAUUACAAGUUUAGACCAGGACAGAGUAUUGUACGGGUUGGAGGCUUUGAAAAUAUUCCACCGGAUGAAAUACGCACUCCUCAAACUAUUGGUCAAAUUUACGAGCUAGAUCCAAAUGGCCAUCUGGUCAUCAAGUGGGCAGAUGGAAGCAUUAGCCAGCAUUUCCCACAAGAAAUAUUUAUUGUAUCAGAUGAGGCUGAUGAUUUUACAGAAAACAGCUGGGAGUCAGGCUCUGAUUAUGAGUCAGAUGGGUCUGUGGAAACAUGGGAGACAGAGUCUGAGCAGGAGAUCAUUGGGGAAGAGGAUGGUGCUAAGGCAGAUAAAGAUGACAGUGGGUAUGAUCAAGGAGCCCUAUGUGAGCACAAACAAGAAUUGGACUCUCUUCUGGUGAGAGCUGAAACAGCACUGGCCAGACUACAGAAACACUUGAACAACUUUGAUGUUUCCAUUUCAGCACCAGAGUGUUUUCAUGACAUCAUUCGCAUUUAUCGUAGUUGCCAUGAUUUGGACAAAAUUUUACAGUCUUCCUUUUUUAACGACCCAGAGCUUCAGUUUUUAAUUUCCCAAGCCAAAGCAGAGCUGCGCCAUGACAGGGCAAAUAAAAUCUCCAAGCACUUGUCCCAGCUGUUUGAGUCCUGGAGCAAAAACUUGCCUGCAGGCCCCCUAGAGAACAUCGGCACUGUGGCGGUUGGCGGCAAGACCAUACGUGUUGGGAUGCUCAAAAAAGGGGAUGAGUUUGAAGUUUCGCUUGAACUCCCAACUUGUGACCCUGAGGCCAGUGACACUUCCUUUGACAAUGGAGUGCCUGUGGAAAGUAAUGGUGCCACUGGAGGUGGUGCUGUCACAGAAAGGGGUGACGUCGCUUGCAACAAUGAACUGACAUCAGUGUCUGCUGUUGCUGGCAUUAAUUUUGCCUGUGAAAACUUUGAGCUGAGAACAAUAAAAAAAGAGUGUAGUGAACCAGCUAUCAGCAAGUACAGUAAGAGCCAUGAGUCCAGUGGCAGGAGACCCUCUGACCCCUUCAGUGACACCAGCUCUGGUGCUAAGUGUAAAAAAAAGACUGAAGCUAACCUGGUGGGGGAAAAUUGUGUAUUAAAGGCUGCUAAACGCACUAAAUCUGAUGGUUACGAUGAUUCCGGACGAGAGGCUAAGAAAAGCAGGGACGACUCAAAAUAUGCAAAUCACGUUGCUCAAGAGCUGUGCUCUAAAAUUUGCCAGAAUCUUCAGAAGCAGAUUUGGCGCAUACAUGAAGAAGUGAACAAAAGAACUAGAAGGCUUCUCUCAUCUGGCAACUCCACUCAGAAAGAAGGUGAUAAAAAUGAGGAUGGGAACAUUGAUUUGGGAGAAAAUGUUGCUGAAGCUAGUUCAGACAAUCAUGAGAUGAAUGAAAACAGUGCCAAGGAAGUAAUAGCUGCUUCAGGUGAUCAGCACAUGCAAUCCCAGGGUGAUAGUCAAGCUGAGAAUGCUGACAUGCAUUUAUCCAACACUAGUGAAUGUACUGCUCAUGUGUCUGAGUCAGGUGAAAAUGGUGAAAUACAAGAGAGCCCACAGGAAGUUAAUAAGAAAAAUGAAGUUCCUAAUGAGGAACAAAAUGAAGAAUUGGCCCCACAGACUUCACCUGUUCUAGAUCCAGAAGCCACUUCAGAGGAUAUCACCACAUUGCAACUUUCAUGCAAAGGUUUUGAGAUGUAUGGUGAAGUAGUAUCAUUUCAUAAAUAUGUUGCUCAAGAAAGCCAGCCUGCUAACCCUAGAACUUUCAGAACUGCUGUCAGAAAAGAACUUAAACUUUUUCAGUCUUCCCUCCCAGAUGGCAUUUUCAUCAAAGGAUUUGAAAACCGUUUGGACCUGUACUCUGUGAUGAUCCUGGGACCAGAAGGUACACCCUAUGAGGAUGCUUUGUUCCUGUUUGAUUUGAUGCUGCCUAAUGAUUACCCAACCUCCCCACCACUGUGUCACUAUUAUUCAUACUGCUGUGACAGGUUGAACCCCAACUUGUAUGAAGAUGGAAAGGUGUGUGUUUCAUUGUUGGGGACUUGGUCUGGAAAAGGAACAGAGGUCUGGACAUCAAAAUCAAAUCUGUUACAAGUGCUUCUUUCUAUUCAGGGUUUAAUUCUUGUGCCUGAACCCUAUUACAAUGAGGCUGGCUAUGAGAGACAGCGAGGUACACAGGUGGGGCAUGAAAACAGUCGCAUGUACAAUGAGAUGGCCAUUUUAAAAACUGUCCAGUCCCUCAUCAAAAUGUGCAGUAAACUUCCAACUCUGUUUAGCCAUGAAAUUUUUCCGUAUCUUAAAUCUCAUGGGCCAAAGAUGAUCGCUCGACUACGAGCAUGGAUGGAGCACAAUCAGGAUAAAAAGAGUGUUGAAUGUACUGCUAAUCCAUCUCCUCCGCUCAACAAUACUAGGUCACAGCUUUCUGAAAAUGCACCUGCUACACUUGUAGAAGGGGCCUCAGAUUCCCCCCUUUGUGCUCCACUUGAAACUCAGGGAAUUGUUACUGCACCAAAUGAGGAAGCUACUUUUGAUGCAGCUCAGCCAAAGACUGAAGAAAUCAAGGACAUAGCCAACAGCCAUUCCUCCGAUCCUAGUCUAAAACAAGAUAUUUUGAAUCCUGAAUCUGCAUACACACACUCAGAAGAACAGCUGGUAGAUUCUGUACUUAGCAGACAAGAAGUGUUUGUGGACAACAUAUCUCAACAAUCACCCCAUGUGCUUUCCUGUGUCUCCCAUCAAAGUGGUAACCCUGUCAACAUCAGCCCCCAAAAUGGUGACCGGUUGCCAGACUUGAAUGCUGCUGCCCCUAAAAAACCUGGCUUUGAAUCUAUUUGUGAUUCAAUAACUAAUAGUGGACUAGCAGAUUUAGGUGCCACUCAAUGUGGGCCUCAUUGUGAGAAUGCAAAUUGUAGUUUGCCGCAAUAUCCUAUAUUUCCCAUGUCUAGAGGCUUCUGUCUCACCCUACAAAAGUAUCUCAUCCUGUAUGAAAAGGCAUUAGCAGAACUGCAGCCCCCAGCAUCUAGUUAGAACAUUCAAGAGAAAAUCUCAGAAAUCUUUGAAACAUCAUUAAAUGAAGUCUACCACUUAAUGAACAAGUACUUUUACAUCUAUAGGCUUGCACCAAUAUACGCCUAAUAUAAGCAUACAGUUUAUAUUGCUUUCCCCCAAUGUAUAUUUCUUUUAGAAAUGUACAAAACAUUUUCUUCUCACUGGUAAAUUUAAAAAUGUAUGCACAAAGCAAUACAACAUUUUAAAAUCGGUAAAUAGAAAAUGUUCAGUUGACAAUCUCAUUUCUUGUGUUUUGAGCCAAGUAAAUUAAGAAACAGUAUUUAUUUAUUUCCUCGUAUGUUCAUUUUGUUUGUUUAGUAAAACAUUUUUUGAAGUUUUUCAUGUUGCGAUAUGUGAUGUUUAUUUUUGAGUUAAAACUGGUAAUUGUAAUUUAUUCAAAAAUAAUUAUGUCAGAAAUUUCCAUAGCUGACACUCCCAAAGAUCCAGAAAAAAUUCUACUUAACUUUCUUUAAUGCUGUGUGAAUAAGUACAGACAUUAACUUUAAUAUUGCUUUUUACUUAAUGCUUAGCACUAGUUUUUUUAACUAUUUCAAAAUUCCUAGGUUAAAAGGGUAGUCUAUUUCCAAAAAUCGACUGCAAGUCUGUACCAGUUUAUUAAUAAUUGUGGCUUGAGUAAACUAUUGUUGAUAUUGAAAAUAUUCUUGGAGAAGUUACUUAACAUUUGUUACACAACUCCCUUGACUAGAUGCGAACCUUGUGUGAAAAUUGGUCUAGAAUCUAGUCAUAAUUAUUAUAUAGGUAAAUCUGGCAUCUACCUGCAGCAAUAUUUCGAAUGUUUGCUACAAAUGAAAUGCAAAAUAAUAUUUAAAUCAAUAUUUUAAGCACUGGGAUGACCCUUUGCAUUUUUUUUUGUUCAACAAAAAAGUGUCUAGGUAUGGAUGUGAGUGUUCAUAUAUAUAUUAUAGUGUGUGUGUGUGUGAGUAUACACAAUACAUAUGUUGACACUUGGCUGUUACAGAAGAGCAAAGGGUGUGGAUGCACACGUAACAAACUAUAUCUAUUGCAUCCAAAAUGUGUAUUAUGAUAUGAAGCAUAUAAAGUAAGUUAAAUAUUGAGUAUGUUUGUCUUAGAAAAUUCAGUAAUGAGAAUGUCUACAUUCCUUUAAUGUAGAGAUUAACCCUAAAAUUGUAUAAGUAGUCACCAGUUACAUAAAUAUACAUGGCCUAAACUGGCGUUCACCCACCAUGAGAGCUACCAUUGUUAAACAUUUGCAUUUAUCAUUCAAGAAGAGUUAACAACUUCAACUUUGCUUUCUUUUUUUCUUUUUCAAGGUAUGGUUUUUGAAUGAUUUAUGUUUUUAUGUAUAAUUAACUACAAUCUUAAAAUUAGUAAAAUGUAUUAUUGUUCCUUUUUUUUUCUCUAUAAGGCUGGUCCAUCCACCGAGCAAAUAAUUCAUAAUUUCAACAGACUGUAGUAGUUGUGUCUGAGGCAGAUUUGAUGAACAAUGUAUAAACGUUUUGUAAAUUUUGGUAAUGGUUGAGUCCAGUAACUAUGGUAGGGAUUUUUUUCUCAAGGUGAUCAGAAAAUUGUAUCUUGUCAAUUGUUUGAUAUUUCUUAGAAUAUGUAUGACGACUAUUGAAUGAUUAGAUUUCUUGUUCUGCUACCUCGUCAAUAUUUGACUGAGAUGUAAACUCUACAGCUUGAAUCUCUUUAGAUGUCUGUGAUAUUGUUCCGCCCUUGUUUUGGUUGCCAAUACAUACAAUUUUCCAAUU